AUGUGGUUAAAUAAAGCUAUUCAAAGAUUUAAAAUUCAUAAAAGGAAAUCAUCACCUACUCCAUAUGAUUUAAUUCUACGUGAAAAGGAAAAAAUUCAAUCAGAAUCACAACAUCAUAAUCAACAACAACAUGAAAUAGAUAAAAAAGAAUCUGAAUUAUCAAAUCAAAAAAUUAAUCAACCUAGAUUAAAUUCUUCAAUUGAUCCAUUAUUAAAUAUUGAUAAUGAUGAUAAUAAUGAUAAUAUAAUAGAACCAAUAAGAUCAAGAACAAAAACAAUAUCACCUAUAAGAUCAAGAAGAUCAAGUUCAUUAUCUCCAGUUUUUAGAAAUUCUUUUGAUGAUGAAGAAAUAAAUAAUGUUGGUUUACAUAGAAUAUCACGAUCAGGUUCAAUAUCAAGAUCAAUAUCAGGUUCAAUAUCAAGAUCAAUAUCAAAUGGUUCUAUAACAAGUCAAGAAAGACCAAAUUUGAUUCGUAGACAAAGUUCAUUGGAAAUAAUGAGGGAUUUAGCUAAUGAAGAAAGAGAAAUGGCUUCAAUUAAUUUAAGUCAAUCAUUACCUGAAGGUUUUAAAGUAGAUGAAAGAAAUUGGUAG